AUACUUCAUUAUAAGGACCUGAACCAGGUUUUCACAGAUUCCAUUCGAUAUUUUAGGUAUUGUUUCUUCACACAUUCUAAAUGAACCAACUGUGCGAGUUCUCAGUUGUAUAGUGCGUUUCAUCCUAUCAGUUUUCUCUCGUCUGCCUCCAAUGCUACAUCACGUCUGUAUAAUGUGAGCCGGCACUACGACAAUGAAAUUCCCGUUCUUUCUUAUACCUUUAGGCAUUGUUUUGGUCCGCGGAAAUAUCGAACAGAAAUGCUGCGGUAUCGGAGAACAAAUUGUAGAGAAGGAAUUUCGAUUCAUCUGUGAAAAAUUGAAGAACGGAAGACUGCAAGACAAUUUCGAAGACAAAGAUUUUUUGAAGAGAAACGUGACUGGAACUUGCUUGGAAAUAUUUUCCGAGAAAAAUGUUACAUUAUUUGGUGUGGACGAAGUUACAGGGACUAUUAAAAAACAGGAGGAAUAUGGGGAAUUUUAUUUCCCAAAAUGUUGCCCCUUGAAUUACCGCUACAACAGGACAACACACGGUUGUGCUAAAGUUGUCGGCAAUUUCCUCAACUUAUUGAAAGUCGAUUCUUUCGUACGAGUGGGCCUUCCAAAAUGUGAGAUUAUUUCGGACCAUAUUUACGAAUCAAUGCAGGCUGUGAAGAUGAAUGGUAGAGAGUUAUUGUUGUUGGAGGAGAAGAAAACCCUUAAGGAAGGUUAUUGCGUGGAUUCCACUUUGGAUGGAAAAUUAGUUGUGAGAAUAUGUGAAGAAGAUACGAGUAUUUGUAGUCAGAUAAGGUGCAUUAGUAAGUGCUGUCCUGAUGGGCAGAGUUUUAUAAAUGGUUCUUUUUGUCGUGAUACAUUCACGCAUGGAGUGGAUCUUCAUUUUACCAAAACGAUACAUGAACCUGAUGAACCCUUUGCCUUGAUUCAUGGUUUUACAGUACCAAUACACCCCCUCAGCGAGAAGAAAUACAACUAUUAUGUUGAUAGAUUUGGACUUUUCACUGCAUUCAAUAACGUCACUAAUUCCUUCUCUAAUUACGAAGUGUAUAACACAACUUACUGUAUAGACCAUGCGUUCAAAGAAAAAAAGAAAAAGGGAAAUGUCAAUGACUACUUAAUGUUCGCACAGUCAGCAACUCCACCAAUUGCUAUGAAGUUUGCCGUAACCCGAUGGAUAAAAGUUGUGUCCUGUAUAUUCCUUAUUUUGACAAUUUUGGUUUAUAUGCUACUGCCGAAGAUGAGGAAUUUGUUUGGGAAGAUCCUGCUGAACUAUUGUGUAUCUACACUAAUAUUUUUCACUUCCUUGACGACUUCUCAAUUUUAUUACCUCCCUCCUACGAUGUGUAAAGUUGUUGGAUAUCUAUCACUACUCUCCAGCAUAUGGAGUUUCACCUGGCUACACAUAAUGUGUAUUGAUAUAUGGUUCUCUUUCGGAACACCAAGGACUCUGUCGGGGCCACUUCAAAAGAAAGAAUGGAAAAGAUUGCUGCAAUACUGCUUGUAUGGGUGGGGAUUUCCCAUACUGUGGGUUUUGAUGAUAGCGUUAUUCAGUUUCACAACCAUAAUGCCAGAAGCAAUGCAUCCUUACUUUGGAGAAAAUAAAUGUUUGCUGGAAAAUACAGAAACACAACCAGGGAAUUAUUCUUACAUUAUAUAUUUUACACUUCCAUUACUCAUUCAACAAAUUAUCAACACCAUAUUGUUCGUCAAAACCAUUCUAUAUUGUUUGAGAAUUAAAGCUGAAAUUGAGAGGAUGAAUGACUCGGAGAAGAGGACAGCUUUGAAUGCUAGCAAGGAAAGGUUGGGAUUGAUAAUGAAACUGGCGGUGAUAAUGGGUAUCCUUUUCAUAUUUGAAACAGUGUCGUCAUUUUAUAAUUUCAAGAAUAAUGUUUACACAGAAAAAAUAGAAGUUGUAUGGGAUAGCGUCAACUGUUUGCAAGGUGUAUACAUCUUCAUCAUUUUUAUUUGCAAGAAGAAGGUUUUCUACAAUAUUUGUGAGAAAAUUUCGAUAAUCAAGUCAAGGAAAACUUCAGUAUCUUCCAAUGUGACUUCUCAAGUCAGUAUGCACAACGUCAACGCUGUGAAGGCUUAGAGGAUUCAUUCAACCAAUUUAUCUGAUAUUUCAUAAUUUUUUUUCUACCUCUGAAUUUAUAUACAUAUAUGUACAAUUUUGUUGUUAUUUAUAUAAUUUUUAUUGAAAUAUAUUUAUAAAUGGA